ACCUAAACAAGAGAUGACAAUCCUAGCACGUUGCGCUGUUUCUGUUAUUUAAUUCCCGAAUUAGCUUAAGAACACGAAAACUGCCAAUAAGCAGUAUAUAAAAUGCUGAAGCAUCUUGUACGAUGGCGGCUGGGCAGCCAACUGCUAAAGGGAAGUGCUACGCCAGUCAGAUACGCAUCCGAAUCCACCAGCGGAGGAAACCUACUAACCGGCAUUGAAGAAACGCCAAAAAAAAUCGUAAAUCCAUUUUCACAGCCCUCUCCAGCAUUGAGUAAUGUGGCGAUAUCGGAGACCAAAGAGGAUCGGGAGAAGCGUCUAAAGGUGCUCCAGCUGGAGGCGGACAUUGCCCACCAGGAAGGACGCCGCGUGCCGGCACUGGACUUCUUCCAGGACCACCACUGGGAGCACGUGCUGAGUUUGCCCACCAAAUCGGCCCGAAUCAAGUACUUUGGCUAUCUCUGGCAGAUCGAGAUGAGGAAGGAGUCAGAGCAGCGGAAGAAGGCUCAGCGGGCGGAGGACACUGAAAGGCGGAAGGAGGAGAUGCGCAAGGAGCGCGAGGAGAACACGCACAUCAUUUACGGCCUGGGUCACACCUCCAUGUUCCUGCGCAUCUAUGACACCACAAUGAAUCAUUUUCAGAACAACCGGCUGACCCGCGCCAUGCAGUUUGCCCCUAAGAUAGUUUUGGAUUGCUCCUACGACGAGCACAUGAAUAAUAGGGAGGCUUCGUACGCUGCCAAACAACUCAUGCUGUGUUUCGCCGAAAAUCGGCUCAAUGACGAGCCCUUCGAUCUACACUACUGUAACGCCCAGAUGGAGAGUACGUGCAUGAAGGGCCUCCAGCGCUACAUCCCCACCAUGCUUAACCCCGAAUUUCCGAUGAACCUUCACUCCAAGUGCUUUACGGAGUUGUUCCCCAAGGAGAACCUGGUCUACCUAACACCGCAUUGCCGCGAGGAUCUGGUCACCUACAAUCCAGAUGACAUAUACGUCGUGGGUGCCAUGGUGGACACAAUGAACAACGAGCCAUUGUCGCUGGCCAAAGCCAAGCGAUUGGGUCUGCGAAUGGCGAAACUGCCCCUGGAUCGCUACCUGCAGUGGGGAUCCGGUUCGGGUAAAUCCCUUACUCUCAACCAAAUGAUCAACAUCAUGCUGGACCUCAAAAAAACCGGUAACUGGGAAACGGCACUGAAGCAUGUUCCCCGGCGAAAGGUCAUCGAGAAUGAAUUCCAGCAACGCAGGGAGAAAAGUCACUGGGGUACGGGCACGAAGGCCAGGAAGCUCAAUAUUCGAAUCGAUCACCUGCUAGACUUUGAAGAGGAUCGUCGGCAGGCUACGUCAUUUGCAACGCCCCAAAAAGUCAGGCAGAGACGGGAGGGCAUGGAGUUCCAACUGGACACCUGGGCCACGGGAAAGCAGAAGAAAAAGCAAAGACAAAAUUAAAGUUACCUGUUGUAUUCAUUCAA